UGGUUGCAUGUGCCAAAGUUAGAUGCUCUCUCAAUCGAAAUCUAAAAAACCCAAUCAAAAAAUUCUCUCUGAUUCUCGAAAUUGUCUGUUUCCUCGAAUUCAAACCGUGGUUCUUCGUUCGAACAUACGAAGAUCUAUUGCAAAUUUGCAAUUCAAUAGUUGUUGUUGAUCAUCGAUUGCGUGAAAGGGCUUCGAGAAUGUUCAACGGAAUGAUGGAUCCUGAAUUGAUGAGACUCGCCCAGGAGCAGAUGAGUCGCAUGUCGCCCGCUGAGAUGGCCAGGAUUCAACAACAGAUGAUGUCUAAUCCUGACUUGAUGAGAAUGGCUACUGAAAGCAUGAAAAACAUGAGGCCUGAAGACUUGAGGAAUGCUGCUGAACAGUUGAAGCAUACUCGUCCAGAGGAGAUGGCUGAGAUCGGUGAGAAGAUGGCUAAUGCAUCCCCUGAAGAGAUAGCUGCAAUGCAUGCACGUGCUGAUGCACAAAUCACUUAUGAAAUAACCUCAACUCAGAUGCUGAAGAAACAGGUAAGCCAUUGCCAUCUCGAAAAUUCCCCAUCUUUUUCUGAAGCUUAUAAAUUCAUACACAACAGAAUCCUACAGGCAUCCUUUAUAUGCUGGUGAAGAAACUGUGUUUGUGCCCAAUGAUAGUUUUGUUUAAAUGGAACGGUGAGAUGUUAUCAAUUUGUCUGAUUGAGUAAUGUUAGGUUGCUUAAAUUUUCUUAAUGUCUUAUUUGUAGAUUGAUAUGAACUUGUAGUUUCUUGAGACUAUUAAUCAGGAUUUAUAACUGCUAUUUUUCUACUCUUUGAGUAUCUUCUCAUUUAAUCUUCUUUCUGAACCAAAGCACAUAAAUUAGCAAGGUUAGUACACCAAG